UGAGGUGAAUGUGGAAUGGCCUUGCGGCCUUCUAUUCUGGCUGUCGCCCGCCGCCUCAACACCGCGGCCGUCCGUCGCGGGGACCUCGCCGGCGCCGAGGUGGCCUUUGCAUCGACGCGGGUCAAGACCAUGGCCACCUACAACUGCCUCCUAGCGGGGUACGCCAGGGCACCUGGCCCCGGCCGCCUCGCGGACGCACGCCACCUGUUCGACCGAAUACCGCAACCGGACGCUGUGUCCUACAACACGCUCCUAUCCUGCCACUUCGCCAACGGCGACGCAGACGGCGCGCGGAGGCUCUUUUCCGAGAUGCCGAUCCGGGACGUCACGUCCUGGAACACCAUGGUGUCCGGGCUGUCCAAGAACGAUGCCCUAGAGGAGGCCAAAGCCGUGUUCCAGGGCAUGCCGGUGAGGAAUGCUGUUUCCUGGAAUGCGUUGGUUGCCGGAUUUGCGUGUUCUGUUGACAUGGCCGCGGCGGAGGAGUGGUUCAGGAAUGCGCCGGUGAAGGAGAAUGCUGUUCUCUGGACCGCCAUGGUGUCCGGGUACAUGGAUGAAGGCAAUGUGCAGAAGGCCAUGGAGUUCUUUGAGGCAAUGCCAGUGAGGAACUUGGUUUCAUGGAAUGCCAUGGUCUCUGGAUAUGUGAAGAAUUCACGUGCCAGUGAUGCUUUGAGGGUGUUCAAGACCAUGGUUGACAAUGACACUGUGCAGCCAAACGCUUCAACGAUAAGUAGUGUGCUUCUUGGGUGUAGUAACCUGUCAGCAGUUGAAUUUGGGAGGCAGAUACACCAGUGGUGCAUGAAGUUGCCACUAAGUAGGAGUGCGACUGUGAGCACGUCGCUUGUCAGCAUGUACUGCAAAUGUGGCAACUUGGAUGACGCUUACAAGCUGUUUGAUGAUAUGCACAGAAGGGAUGUGGUUGCAUGGAAUGCCAUGAUUUCUGGCUAUGCGCAGCAUGGGCAUGGAGCGAAAGCUAUUAAAUUGUUUGGAAAAAUGAAGGAUGAAGGAGUACGGCCAGACUGGAUUACUUUUGUGGCUGUAUUGACAGCUUGUAUCCACACCGGAUUGUGUGACAUUGGAAUGCAGUGCUUUGAAACAAUGCAGGAAGUAUAUGGAAUUGAACCCCGGGUUGAUCAUUACUCCUGUAUGGUGGAUCUUCUCUGUCGAGCUGGUCUCCUUGAGAGAGCUGUCAACAUGAUCCGCUCAAUGCUAUUUGAACCACAUCUUUCUGCCUAUGGGACCCUAUUGACAGCUUGUAGAAUUUAUAAGAAUUUAGAAUUUGCUGAGUUUGCUGCUGGAAAGCUGAUCGAACAGGAUCCGCAGAAUGCAGGCGCCUAUGUACAAUUGGCAAAUAUUUAUGCUAUAGCAAAUAGGCGGGCUGAUGUCUCGAGAGUAAGGAGAUGGAUGAAAGAUAAUGCGGUUGUUAAAACACCUGGGUAUAGCUGGAUAGAGAUAAAGGGUGUGAGGCAUGAGUUCAGAUCGAAUGACAGAUUGCAUCCUCAGCUUGAUAUGAUUCAUGACAAAUUGGACCGGUUAGAGGACCUCAUGAAAGCGAUGGGCUACAUUCCGGAUCUUGAUUUCGCACUGCAUGAUGUUGAGGAGAGUCUGAAGGCACAAAUGCUGAUGAGGCACAGCGAGAAACUCGCUAUUGCUUUUGGCCUGAUUAGCAGUCCCCCUGGGAUGAGCUUGAGGAUCUUCAAGAACCUCAGGGUCUGUGGAGAUUGUCAUAAUGCAGCGAAGUUUAUCUCCAAAAUCGAGGAUCGAGAAAUUAUCCUUAGGGAUACUACACGUUUCCACCAUUUUAGAGGCGGUAGCUGCUCUUGUGGAGAUUAUUGGUGAAACAAGUGUAACUAUCGUGGCCACCAUUUUCAAUAACAAUGGAAGACAUACACUGGUGUCACCGUAGGGCUUGCGACAAUCACUCUGUUCGCUGUGCUGGUGCUGGUGGCUGGUGCUGGAGUGGUGUGAGAGAAAAAUACUAUUAGCUGGCUGGUGACUGGAGGCUGGUGCUGGAGCUGUGUGAGAGGAAAAUACUGUUGACUGGCUGGAGAAACCAAACAGCGAACAGAGUGAAUAUCUGAUCGUUUGAACAAGGAAAAAAGUAUGGAGCAUCAGCGGUCAGCAUGUGAGGUAUGAGCAGUUCAUCCUGGUGUUUUUCUUGGUGCUUUUCCUUUGGAGGAAAACUGUGCCGCCCAUGCCGUGAGAUUCAUCAGAUCUUUGUCACUGACUGGUGGAGCAUGUUGAAACUUGAAAGAUUAGGGAUAAGAUAUACUGAAAGCCUGAAAGGUUGAUUGCAUUAGAUAUACGUCUCGGUACUACGCAGUGGAUUGCCUAGUCCCAGCACUAUCCACAGGAUUGCAAUUGUGGAUCCCCACAUUUGGUUUGUAGCCUGUGUUGUCACCUGCUGAUAUUGAACAGAUAUUUGAUGAGCUGUCUUCUCUGGGUUGCCUUCAACAAGUUGCUGCAAGAUGUGGUCGAUUAAUCAGUCAUGAACUCAAAAGAUGCAAACAAAGAGUUGACAUCAGCAACGCACUGUGGAAAUGUGUAAAAGGCAACAAUGCUGAACCAUCCGACAGAUGCAGCAGCAGUUGAACUUGCAGUAAUACAGAGGCCCUCCAUCUUAGCGCUGGUACUUGGGAUUGGCCAGAUACACAGCUGCUAGUUCAUACCCUGAAUAGAAAGGGGCUUCACAUGUGAGUCCAUCUCGAUAGUCCUGCUUCAAGAAACCAAGAGUGUGAUGAUAUUCGAUUUUUCCGAAUGCAUGUUGUAGGUGGUUACUACCCGAGCCAUUCAUCCGGGUGCCGGUCUGAUCCACUGCUCCCCGGCUCCUGGCAGCUCCCAUUGUUUAUUUUUUCCCGAUUCUCAUGCCAAAUGAAUACGGUAUCUAUACAUCAUACAUACAUACAUACAUACAUACAGUGCGUCCGCUUUCUUUCUCCCAUCUAUUCUCUCGUCCCUCCCGCCCGUGGCUUUCUCCUUCCUCUCUCCCACCUACAGCUUUCUCCUUCCUCUAUUCCUCUUGCCGGACUCCAUGGCUUAGCUUUCUUUGAACUCCACCUGAAGCUUACCUCAGAUCCACGAAUCUAGCUGGAGAUGCUUGCUAUAAUGGCGGUCGCCUAAGGAGAAGGAAGAACAAAUUUCAAGUGUUUGGACGAAGGCGGAUCGAACGUUCUCGUUUCUUUUUUUUUUGGCAUUUGGCCCUUCUAUCUGCACCAAUGGAGGCUCGUAGUACUGCGCAUCCCUAUCAUGAACCAACAUCCGGCCAGGUUGAGAACUGCAAUGUUGGGCGCGGUACACAGUUGCGACCAAUUUCUGAACGCAAUCUUGGAUCUGAAGCACAUGGCGCAUUCCCCCACCGGAUUUUGAUUCAGCCUCAGCAGUUGAUGUUUGAACCUAAAAAGUGUUAUAAUUCAAGACUUUUGGUCCAUACAAGUUUUGUUAUUCAAAAUUUCUCUUUUUCCAACAUUCAUCCCUAAAUCAAAUGAAAUUUCCAAGCAGGCUGUUUUGGCUCUUUCCAGCAGUUACUUAACUCAUUUACACCAAGAACAAACAGUGGCAAGUCUGGACUAUUAGAAAGGGAUAAUGUGCAGGAAGAGUUAACUAAGGUCCUGGAUAAUUGUUUUGGUAUUGAUGAACGGUCAGUUGGUUUUUUACCUACUUAUGAAACUGUUGAGCAAGAGAAAGCACAGCAAGCUCAUCAUUAUGCAGGAAUUGACGAGUCAGGAUAUUUUAGUUCCCACUCAUCUCUGUAUGAGGUUCCUUCUGACGAUGAAAAUUACAAUGACUACAACAAGAACUUCAAUGAGUUUGGACUUGAUUCUUCUACAUUACCAAAUUGUGACUUCAGCAACAGUGGCCAGCCAAAUCGUUUUAUGUACACUGAAUGUGGAACAAGUAGCAUGCCAAAUAAAGAAAGAAACGAUUCAACUCAGGACACAGCCACUGUGGUUGCCAUAGAGUCAGAAGAUGGUAAAGAUCAACAAAACAGUAGUAAUAAUGAAACAACUCGAGCUGAUGUAGCUGAACUGAAACAACUCAAGCUGAUGUAGCUAAUCAAUGCUGCUUUGAGUCUGAUAGAAAUGUUCCAACGGAAGGAGAAACUGAGAGUUGUGAAUUCAUGAAUGGCAAUUCAUUCUUUUAUGUUAUGACAAGACUAAAUGAAGGAGAUACUGAAUCUGCCCCGUGGAAGAAAAGGAACACAACCAAAAAUGGGCAGUCAAUGUCUGACUGCAGGGUGCCCAAAGGGAUGGGCCCAAUUGAAAUUGCUUUGAGGAAUGCACCAUACCAUUUUAAUAACUUUUGAUUCAGAGAAUGAAGGUUAUGAUUUCUACAACAUGUAAUCUUGGGAAGUUGGUUUUGGUAUUAAAAAGGCUUCGAGAGCGACAAACAAGAAAGGGUUCCAUACGAUGCGUGACUUGAGGUGCCUUUGUUCAGGCACAGAUGAACAAAGUACAAAACUAAGAAGACGGGCUGCAAUGCUAUGAUUGGGCUGCUGAGAUCCAAUGAUGAUGACUGGUAUAUAAGCGCACACAUAGCUGAGCACAAUCAUCCUCUAACCAUAACCUGUGGUCAAAAGCAAGAAUGACUUUCCCAUGGCAAGCUAGAUUACUGUGCAAAGGAUAUGAUCAAGUACCUCAGGGAGAACAAGAUUUCUCUAACUAAGGUACACUGUAUCAUGGGUAGUAUGUUUGGCUCAAUGAAUAACAUACCAAUCACCAAGAGGUCAAUGUGUGCAAUAUGUGCUCAAAUUGCAAAAGAUCAAAUGGAUGAUGAUAUCCAGAAGACUCAAUAUUUUCAGUCAGAUAAGAUCAGAGGACCCUGGUUUUCAAUUCAGCAUUGAGCUUGAUGAUGAGAAGAAGAUCAGAACAUUGAUGUGGAUUAAUGGAAAAAGUAGGGAGCAGUUUCAAUACUUUGGUGAUGUGAUAAGCUUUGACACAACUUAUUGCACCAAUAUCUACAAGAUGCCGUUUGGUUUGUUCGUUGGAGUGAACAAUCGUUUCCAAACCACAACUUUUGGUGGGGUUUUUAUGAAAGAAGAAACAACAAGAAGUUUUGAGUGGUUUUUUUUUCUGAAUUCUUGAGUCUGAUGGGAGGGAAGUUACCACAAACAGUAUUCACAGGUGAACGCUCUAAUGCAAUUCUGUUUGUUACUUCACCAUAUCAAUGUUCUUUAUCAAAUGGCUGAUUAUUUGCUUUGUUGACUGACCAAUGUGCUGCUAUGGCUACUGCUCUGAAAAUGUUUGGAAGGGUGUCACGCAUCUGCUUUGCAAGUGGCACAUGUUCAAAGACACUAGCCCACGCCUAGGGCCUAUCUAUAGGAAAGGUUCUCCUUUUCGUAAGUUGUUCCACAAAAUAAUGACAUGCUUACAAUUUAUAAAUUUGAACGGGCAUGGGAUUACAUGAUCACUCUUUAUAAUUUAUCUGGUAAUGAUUACCUGGAAAGCAUCUACAAGAAGAGGGAAAAGUGGGCGAAACCCUUUUUUAAAAACUGUUUCUGCGCAAGAAUGUCAAGUACUCAAAGAAGCGAGAGCACCAACCAUAUGCUAAAGAGAUUUGUUCCAAGGAACUGUUCAAUGAACAGAUUCAUUGUGCAAUUUAACAAGCUUGUCAUUGACUGUAAUAAAGCUGAAGACAGCGAUGAGUUCGAUAUCACUAUAUUUAGGAAUGUUAGAGAGCCUCAAUGGCCAAUAGAAGAGCAUGGUGCAACGUUCUACACAGCUGCUGCCUUUGGUUUGUUAUGCAAGGAAAUAGACAAAUUGACGCAUUAUUUUGCGAAGGAAAUAGAAGCCAUGAGGCAGUAUCACGUGAUUCAUGUUAAACCUCACAAGAAAUUACUAUUUCUUUGUUGUGUGCUAAAAAAAGCACACGUCGAAAAUAUAACACACGGCAAAGAAAUAGUUUGCCGUGUGUGCACACGACAAAGAGAUUAUUUGCCGUGUGCCUGAUGGAAAGUACACUGCAAACUACCUAGCACACGACAAACAGUCGGAUUCCGGUAGUGCUCCCACGAUGAGUCGGACCCAUGAUCUAACGUGCUAAAAAUACUCUUGUAACCACCAAACUACAUGCCUUUUCGCA